AAAAACUCAGGUGACCUGUGGGUGCUGACAACAUAAAAAGGCACCUUUUAUCAGAUUAAUGGAAACACGAAAGAAUCCUAGAAGAGACGAAAAAAUUUUAAUAUGUGAAUGAGCUGAGGAACGCAGCACAUCAAGUAGUUAAAGAGUUGUAACGCCCUUGGAGGAGACUGGUUUAGAAAAACCUAGCCUGAAACUGAGGGACUUUUAAGGAAGAAUCAUGCCUCAUUCACAACUCUUAAUUAUUCUCACGUGUUGUCUUCCUUUGGCAGCCUGUUUGUGCUGUUACACCUGUUUAUUUCCGUCCAUCUCUCCUCUGGACUGCUCUCUUCCUGUGGAGUGUCCAGCAGGGCAGCACUGCCUCUCGAGUGUAGCGUCAGGAAGAAAAGGCGAACUACAGCUGACGUUAUAUGAGAAAAGCUGCGCCAUCGCCUCCCAGUGCAACGUGAGUGGACAGAAAUAUGCCUCCGACACCUCUUUCAACUACACCAACGUGUGCUGCGAAACCGACCUGUGCAACGGCGCUGUGUCCAUUGCUACCCUCAGCUGGGCGGGGCAGCUGCUCUGCCUGCUGCCUGCACUGAGCCUCCUGCUGGCCUGAGUGGUGAAGACGAGCCCUUUUAAGUCUU